UUUGCCAAUGUGAGUUGGAGUGAAGGGGAGUUGUAGCAUAGAUUGGCAUUGCACAUGGUUCUCUUUGUUCCUUUGUGUGUGUGUAUCUGUUGUAUGUCACUGUGAGUUGGAGUGAAGGAGAGUUUUAGUCUAUAUAUAUAUAUAUAUAUAUAUAUAUAUUGCAUAUAGAUUCUCUACCAACAUAAAGUGUUUGCAUGAAAAUGGAGUUCAGGAGAGGAUUGUUUGGGUUUAUAUUUGUUGUCUGGGGAAUUCAAGCAUGUUUGGUGGCAAGCCAAGGAUUGAGUAGGGGGAGUUUUCCCAAAGGGUUUGUCUUUGGCACUGCUUCUUCAGCUUAUCAGUAUGAGGGAGCAGUGAAAGAAGAUGGAAGAGGACCUACUGUUUGGGAUACAUUUGCUCACACUUUUGGCAAGGUGAUUGAUUUUAGUAAUGCUGAUGUUGCUGUUGAUCAGUACCACAGAUUUGAGGAAGAUGUGCAACUCAUGGCAGACAUGGGAAUGGAUGCUUAUCGGUUUUCGAUUGCUUGGUCUCGUCUUUUUCCGAAUGGCACUGGAACAGUAAAUCAAGCUGGAGUUGAUCACUAUAAUAGAGUUAUCAAUGCAUUGUUAGCCAAAGGAAUUGAACCAUAUGUGACACUCUAUCAUUGGGAUUUGCCUCAAGCUUUGGAAGACAAGUACAAUGGAUGGCUUGGUUCUCAGAUAAUAAAUGAUUUCGCAAAUUAUGCAGAGACAUGCUUUAAGAUGUUUGGAGACAGAGUGAAGUAUUGGAUUAGUUUUAAUGAACCUCAUACUUUCGCUAUCCAAGGUUUUGAUGUCGGAUUACAAGCGCCCGGUCGUUGCUCCAUUCUGCUACGGCUCUUUUGUAGAGCAGGGAAUUCGGCGACUGAACCUUACAUUGUUGCUCAUCAUGUUCUUAUUGCUCAUGCAACUGCUGCUGAUAUUUACAGAAAAAAAUAUAAGGCAGCACAGAAUGGAAUUAUUGGGAUAUCAUUUGAUGUUAUGUGGUUUGAACCAAUGACAAACUCACCACAAGACAUUGCUGCAACACAAAGAGCACAAGAUUUUCAGUUUGGAUGGUUUAUGGAUCCAUUAUUUUUCGGAGAUUAUCCAAGUUCAAUGAGAAAAAGAGUUGGAAAUAGAUUGCCGAAGUUUUCGGCCUCUGAAGCAGCUUUGAUCAAGGGAUCCUUGGAUUUCGUCGGCAUAAAUCACUACACAACAUAUUAUGCACAACCCAAUGUGACAAAUAUUGUUGGUCUUCUGUUCAAUGAUGCUCUCGCUGACUCCGGCGCCAUCACCCUCCCAUUCAAAGGUUUCAAUACAAUUGGAGACAGGGCAUCAUCGAUAUGGUUGUAUAUCGUACCAAGUGGAAUGAGAAGUUUAAUGAACUACAUCAAAACUAAGUACGGUAAUCCACCGGUUAUCAUCACUGAAAAUGGAAUGGAUGAUCCAAACAACCCAUUGAUUUCCAUCAAAGAUGCAUUGAAAGAUGAAAAGAGAAUCAAAUACCACAAUGACUAUCUUGGGAACUUAUCUGCUGCUAUAAGGGAAGACGGUUGCGAUGUUCGCGGAUACUUUGUAUGGUCUCUUUUGGACAAUUGGGAGUGGGCAGCAGGUUACACUUCAAGAUUUGGAUUGUACUUUGUGGACUACAAAGACAACCUCAAGAGAUAUCCAAAGGAUUCAGUUCAGUGGUUCAAGAAACUACUUGCAACUCCAUAAUAUUUAAUCAUAUCAAAUGCACUACUGUAAAUCUCUCUCUGAUUCAAAGCAAUCAAUUUCUUAGAAAGCUUCAAGAA